GGACAGCUUCUCCUCGCAGAACCCCCCGCCGCUGUGAUUCAUCCACCACUUGCUGUCAGGGUCUGCAAAGUCGGUGCAAGCCGGUGGGUAAAACUUUUUUGACUCAUCUUCAUUCGUUCGCCCUGCGCUCUAUAUCCGCACGUGGUCUAUGUUAUCGUCCAGUGCGUCGGUCCUUUUGUUCUGUUUUUCUAAUUUAAAAAUUUCUUUUUUUCGCUAUUCCCUCUUCUGCUGCAGCCACCGUUGAUCAGUCUCCCACGCAACCAGUCUGGAUUCUUUCGAAGGAUCGCCCAGCGAGAUCGGAGGCAAGGGUGUACAGGGCAACAAUCUGGACCCCAGCGCAGGGAAGAAUGCUUCGGCUGCCUCCAGCCCCGUAAUGGGAGGUGCCGACCAUCCAGCUGUCUCGCCUGCUGUCGGGUCCGAUGGCGGGGCCCCUGUCAGGAAGCGCAAUGUCGCCGCUGCAGGGUUGGAAAGCUCACCCGCCAGCAUCGACGAGGUUGAAGACCCCGAAAACCGUGAUGAGAAGAAGCGCCAGCCUGUGAAGCGGGCUUGCAAUGAAUGUCGCCAGCAGAAGCUCCGAUGCGAUGUGGUGCAAGAUCCGUGGACCGACUGUUCGCGCUGUCGUCGCUUGAAACUGGAUUGCAAGAUCGAAUCCAAUUUUAAACGGGUCGGAAAGCGCAGUCGCAACGCCGAGAUGGAGCGUGAGAUCAUCGAGCUCCGGAAGCAGAUCGCGACUGUGCAGGCAAAUGGUACCACGCCACAGCAAACACCGACCUCGUUGCCCGCGGUGCAUACGCCAAAGCAAGAGACACCAAGCCACGGGGGCUCCGCUGCAGUCUACCACACCCCAUCCGCUAUGUCGACCACUGACCAGUACAUGGGUUCUCACGAGGCUGUCGCAUCUCUGCUGGAUUUGCGAUCGGGCUUUGAUGGUAGUAACUACAUGCGCAAUGGCACCCAUCACUUCAAACGGAUCGAGGAUGUUGCUGUGGUUCCCGAGAGGGUGACGGAGCUAUUCAAUCUGUUUUUCACGUUCUACCACCCCUUCCUUCCGUUCCUGAGUCGAGAGCAGUCGCCGGAUGAAUACUACUCUGCAUCACCUCUACUGUUCUGGACGAUCAUCAGCGUCGGUGCCCGCCGAUACCAAUCGGAUACCCAUCUUCUCAACUCUCUUGCUGGCCCGGUGACACGGCUGGUGUGGAGUACGCUGGCGGACAUCCCACAGAGCUACCAUGUGGUGAAAGCAUUGUGUCUGCUAUGCACGUGGCCGUUUCCUACGAGCAGUACCUCGACGGAUCCUACAUUCAUGCUGUGCGGAAUGAUGGUGCAGGUCGCCAUGCAGCUUGGUCUGCACCGGCCCUCUCAUACACAAGAUUUCAGCAAGUUUCGGGUGGAGCUUAUCGAAGAGGAGCUUCGAGACAAGGUCCGCACCUGGGCGGUUUGCAACAUAGUUGCGCAAAGAGUUGCAACCGGCUAUGGCCAGCCUCCAUCGACCCUAUAUGAUUGGACCUUGUCUUCGAAUGAGUCCAUGGACCCCAAUUUCAAGCUGCCGGAGGACAUGAAACCCCGACUGGAAAUCGAAAAGUUCUGCGACAAGAUCACCAAGUCACUUUACACGAAUCGCCAGGAUCCUGUCGGACUCUGCAGUGACAAAGAGAGGUCGACGCUGAUCUCGUUCCUUUCGCGGGACUUUGACGAAUUGGAAAACCAUCUCAAGCCCCAGAGAGAUUCUAUCACCGAUCUAUUUCUGCGCGCAUCGAAUCUGCAUCUCCACCUGUCGGCUUUCUUCGACAAUACCACAGCCAAAAACUACCGGGAACGUCUCCUGUCGCUCUACGUCGCCGCCACCACCUUCCUCGAGGCAGCAAUGACCCUGGAGACCGAAGUCGGCCCCGUGCUUUCUUACACUCCGUACUACGUUUAUCAGAUGAUGGUGGCGGGUGGCUGCACACUGUUGAAGCUCUGCAAGAGCUUCUUUGCGGCCCACAUUGAUAUGGACUAUGCCAAGAAUCUGUUCAACAGGACCAUCUGGGCCAUCCGGGGGGUGUCGGUGUCCAGCAAUGAUCUGCCCGAGCGGCUGGCCGAAGUUCUGGCGCAGAUGUGGCGACUGGGAAAUGCGCCGACGCCCAAGUUCGGGCCCGAUGGCAGUGAGAUUGACGACUCGUUGAUGCUGAAGGUUCGAUGCCGGAUGAGCAUGUCUCUUCUGUUCGACUCUGUCUGGCGGUGGCGGGAAGAUGCGCGGACCAAGGGGCGUAACAUAGAAGCCUGUUUGAAAAACCCGACCGACCCGGACUCGAAUGCCGACUCGUCGGCAUCGUCAGCUGGACCGACGCGCACCUCGACAGCGACGCCGGGGGUGGGCGGAGCGGACCCCAGCCUGGCGCCCGCGCCUUUGCUCCCGCAGACGGGGAUUGGUGUGCCGCCCAGCACCGGUGUUGGGCCUUUGCCUAGUGGCUUCAUCGAACCCAAUUACGAGGUCUUCGAUCCGCUGAACUGGCUUCUGGACGGAUUGGUUGAUUUGCCGUAUUCAUAUUCCACGAUAUCCGGGAUGGAGUCGCAGGGAAUGGCCUGACCGGGCUGGGCUGAAUGCUUAUGACUUUUUAUGUGUACUAUAUUAGCGAGAUGACAACCAGAGUUGUCUGGUGAGAAUUGCUGGACGGAUUGAUGGAGUUGUUGCUGUUUCUAGUUUAUGAUACCUGCUUUGCUGCAUUGUUGUAUGCAUAUAUUAUAUGAAUAAGAGUUCUGGG